AUGAAGUGGCUGAUCCUCGCCUUGGUGUGUCUCCACCUCUCAGAGGGGAUGGUGAGAAUUCCCCUGAAGAAAUUCAAAUCCAUGCGGGAGGUGAUGAAGGAGAAGGGCGUACUCAGGGACUACCUGAAGAACCACAAGUAUGACCCAGCCAGCAAGUACUUCAACAACUUUGCUGUUGCCUAUGAGGCCCUGGUUAACUACCUGGAUAUGUCCUACUAUGGGGCGAUCAGCAUUGGAACCCCACCCCAGAGCUUCCUGGUUCUCUUCGACACCGGCUCCUCCAACCUGUGGGUGCCCUCGACGUACUGCCAGAGCCAGGCCUGCACCACCCACACUCUGUUCAACCCCAGUGACUCCUCCACUUACUCUUCCAAUGGACAGACCUUCUCUCUGCAGUACGGCAGUGGCAGUCUCACUGGAGUCUUUGGCUAUGACACCGUGACAAUCCAGGACGUUUCCAUCACAAAACAGGAGUUUGGCCUGAGUGAGACUGAGCCUGGCACCGACUUUGUCUAUGCUCAGUUCGAUGGGAUCCUCGGUCUGGGUUUCCCUGCCAUUGCUGCUGGCGGUGCCACUACUGUGAUGCAAGGUCUGAUCCAGGAGAACCUCAUCAGUGCCCCGCUCUUCAGCUUCUACCUGAGUGGGCAAGAGGGCAUUCAGGAUGGUGGUGAACUUCUCUUUGGAGGGAUUGACUCCAAUUUGUACUCUGGUCAGAUUGUCUGGACGCCUGUCACCCAGGAUGCUUAUUGGCAAAUUGGAAUUGAAGGUUUCUCUGUUGCCGGACAGUCCAGUGGCUGGUGUAGCAGUGGCUGCCAGGGGAUUGUGGACACUGGAACUUCCCUCCUCACUGCUCCACAGGCAGUUUUUUCGCAGUUGAUGGAGGACAUUGGCGCUCAGGAGAACAGCGAUGGAGAGUACAUGGUUAGCUGCAGCAGCAUUGACAGCAUGCCUACCAUCUCCUUCACCAUCAGUGGAACCAGCUUCCCGCUGAGCCCCUCUGCCUACGUGCUCCCGAGCAAGAGCACCAAGUGCGUCGUGGGCAUCUCACCCACUUACCUGCCAUCCCCAAACGGGCAGCCCCUCUGGAUCCUGGGUGACGUCUUCCUCAGGGCAUAUUACUCUGUUUACGAUGUAGGCAACAGUCAGGUGGGCUUUGCCCCAGCAGCGUAA